AUGUUGAUAAGGCAUCCUGAUAUGUUCUAUGUUUCUCUGAAGGGCGAUAGGGACUCUGUUUUCUUGCGUGAAGCAUAUCACAAUUCCCAGUUGAUAGAAAACGACAAGUUGUUGCUUAUUAAGGAGAAGCUCCGUGCACUUGUUAAUGUUCCACGAUUCCCGGGGAGAAAUGUUCCGACUGCUGAUGCAGAUGAAGCAGCAGAUACAGAGGCGAAAGAUGGAACUGGUGAACACAAGGAAGAUGAAUGGUCUGACAUUGAUAAUUUAGCAAGUGAUGGAUUUGAUGACGAUGACGAUGAAGAAAAUGAGGAUGAUUGGAGUGAUGAAGAAGAUGAUAUGCCCCCAGACUUCAGUGAUGACGAUACAAUUGUGGAUAUAGAAUUGAGCAAACCAGAGAAGCAAGCGAAUGGCUCGAAGACAAGCAAUGAGAAGGUUCUUGCUCCUGUGUUUCCAGAUGGCCGCCCAAGAGAAUGCUGGUGA